AUGUAUUCUGAACAGGAUGCUGUUGUUGCUGUUGUUGCUGCAACUGCAGCGGAGAGUGUAGUUGAUGCUGUAGAGCAAGAUGAUGGUGCGAUUGAUGUGGGUGUUGUGGUUGGUGUGACUGCUGCUGCUGAGAAUGAUGAUGCUGUUGUUGUUGUUGUUGGGAGACGGGCAUUACGCCCAACUCAUCCAAAAGCUGAUGGGCCUGUGCCUGUGUGCCAGGAACGGCAUGCGGUGCUAAAGCAUCCCAAGGAUGGCUCGGAACGGAAGCUUGGGCAAGCGAAGGCCCUUGAGAGGCGGCCCCAGUGGUCACGGCAGAGGCAGUCGAGGCAUAAAAUGCGGAAGAAGCGUUUGGAGGAUAACCGCUAG